GUGCAACCACACAUUGAUUAUCACCGUGGCACAGAUGUUCCACCAAAAAAUCACGCAGUUUGCCUGAUCAUUAUUUGCUGUGUUUUUCUGAACCUCUAUCAAAAAAACAAUGUCUUACGCUUACCUUUUCAAGUACAUCAUCAUUGGGGACACUGGUGUUGGGAAAUCUUGUCUUUUGCUGCAGUUCACGGACAAACGAUUUCAACCCGUUCACGAUUUGACGAUUGGUGUUGAAUUUGGAGCACGGAUGAUCACCAUUGAUGGAAAGCAGAUCAAGCUGCAGAUCUGGGACACAGCUGGGCAAGAAGCUUUCCGCUCAAUUACAAGGUCUUAUUACCGUGGGGCAGCUGGUGCACUGCUUGUGUAUGAUAUUACAAGGAGGGACACUUUCAACCAUUUAACUACUUGGCUGGAAGAUGCUCGUCAACACUCAAACUCCAAUAUGGUGAUCAUGCUUAUCGGAAACAAAAGUGAUUUGGAGUCCAGACGAGAAGUGAAGAAAGAGGAAGGUGAAGCUUUUGCUAGAGAACAUGGUCUAGUAUUCAUGGAAACCUCAGCUAAAACUGCAGCCAACGUUGAGGAGGCUUUCAUCAAUACAGCCAGAGAGAUUUACGAAAAGAUUCAAGAGGGAGUAUUUGAUAUUAACAAUGAAGCCAAUGGAAUUAAACUGGGGCCUCAACAUUUGCCUAGCAAUGCCAACACUCCAUCAGGAGGUGCCAGUGCCAGCCAAGGAGGAGCCUGCUGCUAAAAACAACAAGAAAGGCUACUACCGACAUCUCCUCUGACUUAACAAAACAAACUCUCGGCGUUAUAUUUAUUUACAGCCCGCCCCUCUUUUUCUCUUGUGUUCCUCAAUUUCGCCCCCCCCCCCUCCACUUUAUAACCUUUUUUUGUUUAACUUUGCUUCUGUUUUGUUUCGGUAAAACUUAUUUUCUUUUAUUUUGAUAUUUCGUUUGCCUUGAAGAUAAUUUAGAGAUAAAAAAAUCUUUUGGUAUAGUGCACGUUUAAUUAGUAGGUUUAGCUCUUGAAAAUCCCACUUCUUUCUUUCGUCCCUCACUUGUUUUCGGUGUGCUGAAAAACCCGUGCCAUGAUGGAUUACUUUAACAUGUCAAUCGUAAACUCAGGAACCCGUGUAAAAGAAAAGAAAUUUCAAGAUCCCGAAACCUUUUAAAAAACCAAAUCAGGAAAACACAAAAGAAGUUUAAAAAAAAAUAGCUGAAGCGAUUUGUAUCGCUGUCGUGCGAAAUCAUGGCGGGUGUAAGAAAGAAAAAAAAACCUUUUUGUCCUCAUCAAGGCAGCAAGAGGCAUACACACAAAAAAAGUGGAAUGAUCCCAUGGCAAGUCAUUCCAUCGGAGGAGGUAGCGAUGCUAUCAUCAUUUCCCCCCCAUUGUUGUUGGCAUUUGCUCUCCUUUGAAAACGAGUUGAUACUUUUCGGGUCUUCCAUGCAUGGCGCGUGGGUCUUCAUUAAAAUUCUUCUCUCCUCUAUUUUUCCAUAAAUGAUGUGUGCUGUGUUCUUUCCUGUUUUCGAUGUCGAGAAGAGAUUGAGGAGCGUAUGUAGGUGGUUCUCGUAUAGCCCUCUCCCCAUCUUAUUUUUUUUUUGUCUGAUUGAAAUUCAUGCUAGUCGUGUCUCAUCAUCUCGAUGAUAUCUCCUUUCUUUUCUUUACAAGAUUUUCUUUAUUCAUUAUGUCUUAGAGGGGAGUAAAUCCAAACAGGAGAGAGAAGAAGAAAAAACAACAACGUUGAAUUCGCAGUUGAUUCAUUCCAGCAGAAUGGCGGUAGCCAUUUCUUAUAUAUUUUGUUUUUCGCCUCUAUAUACCUUAUUCGAUUUAAUAUCCAGGUGCGAAUAUGUGUGCGUGUCUCUUCUCGAUUUGUAUCAAUGCCCUCCUUACUUUUCCCCUUUUUGUGUUGCUCCAAGUCUUGCGUGUGUGCUGUCCUCCCUCCCCUCUUAACUCCUCUCUCUCUCUCCUUGUCUAUUCGGUUUCGAUGUAACUGUCGUCCUCUCUCAAUCUAAAGCAAAAAUGGAUUCGAAUUACACGAUUGCAAGGCCAC